GACAGGGACAGAGAGGGACACACAGCACUGGAAGACUAACAGCAGCUCCUCUCAGUCUCAGUCUCGGUCUGUCAGUCGGUCUCACUGAGCCCGGAGGCAGCCUUGGAUGCCCCGGGGACUCAGCUCUCCUCUUCCCUCCUCCCCUUCCCAUGUAUCCCGUCGGGAUCGUCAGGAUUUUGUAACCUUCGGAGGCUGUCGGGGAGGAGAUCGCGAGCGGUGCGGCCGCAAAGAGCUCAGAGCAGUCGGUAGUGGGCUAGGUAUGCUAUGGGAUGGACGAAGCUGAGCAGGAUAAGUAUGAAGCACGGCUGAAAGAGGUGUUUGAUAGCUUUGACACCACAGGUACGGGCUCGCUGGGCCAAGAAGAGCUGACUGAUCUCUGUCACAUGCUACAGCUGCAAGAAGUUGCUCCAGUCCUACUGCAGACUCUCCUACAGGGAAAUCUCUCAGGCAGGGUACAUUUUGAACAGUUUAAAGAAGCUUUGAUCCUUAUUUUGUCAACUACCAUCGAAGGAAAUUUCUCAGGGGAUGAUGGCUACCAAGAACCAGAAUCCACAGAAGUGCAGCCAAAAUAUGUCAAGGAUGGCAAGCGAUACGGCCGAAGAACAGCGCCAGAAUUCCAGGAUUCGGUGGAAGAGUUCACGGAGGUUAAAGUCACAGAACCUAUAGCUGAUGGGUUGGGGCCUGAAGACGCGACAUCUGUGGAUGUUGAGAAUUGGAAGACCUCCACAGAUCAGGGUGAAGAAUAUGAGGCUGAAGGACAGUUGCGGUUUUGGAACCCCGAUGAUUUGAACUCUUGCCAGAGCAUGUUCAGUGCUGACCCAGAUUGGAUCGAGGAACGUCUUCAGGCCGUUUGUGAAGAGCUGGGUGUCACCAGAGAUGAUUAUCCAAGCAGGAAAGAGUUGAUUUCCAUCUGUGACCAGAUUGGCCUGCAGAAUGUUGACACUGAGGUUCUUGAAGAACUUGUUCAGAAACAAGAACAAGAUGGUUUGUUGACUGUGGAGGACUUCUUCUACGGUCUCUUUAAAAAUGGACAAUCAGCACCUCCCUCUGCUUCCACUCCUUACAGGCAACUAAAGAGACAUCACUCCUUGCAGCCCUUUGAUGAAAGUGGGCGGCGCACUGCUACCCCAUCUGCAAUGACUGGUACAAUUGGCCUUCGCCUCUUCUCCUGUUUGGAUGACGGGACAGGUUACACCUCGGCUGAUCAAAUCCUCGAUGCCUGGCAAGAGGGGGGGAUUGAGAACGGCCUUGAAAUUUUAAAGACCUUGGAUUUUGGCCCAGAUGGCAAGGUCAAUCUGACUGAACUCACCCUGGCUUUGGAGAACGAGCUGCUGAUAACCAAGAAUGGAAUCCACCAAGCGGUUCUUGCCAGCUUCAAACAUGAGAUUAGACAUUUAAUGGAACGGGUAGACCAGGUUUUAAGAGAAAAGGAAAAACUCCACACAGACUUGGAUAAAGCAGAUAGGUUGAAAAACCUGAUGGCUUCUGAAGUAGAUGAUCAUCACGCAGCUAUUGAACGGCUCAAUGAGUGCAAUCUCCGGAAGCUGGAACAGGAGCACAGGGAACGUCUUGCUGCCUUGAAGGCAGACCUAACCAAAGAAAAAGACCUGAUUCUGCAGCAAGCCAGCAGGCAAAGUAGUGAGUUGGAGAAGGAGAUUGAGAAGGUGAAAGCAGAGGAAUCGUACCUCAGGGAUCGACUUGCACUGUCUUUGAAGGAAAACAGUCGUCUGGAAAGAGAACUUUUGGAAAAUGGAGAGAAACUGGUGGGGUUUGAGAACCAAGCUAAGAAACUGCAAAAGAACCUGGACAAUGUUCUGAAGGAGAAGUUUGGAGACCUUGAUCCAACCAGCGCUGAAUUUUUCUUGCAUGAGGAAAGAUUUUCACGGUUGAGAAGGGAAUAUGAACAGCAGUGCAGGGAGCUUCAGGAUCGGAUUGAUGAGCUCCAGUCUGAGUUACAAGCAUAUCAGACCCAGGACAAAAGUUUUAAACAACUCUGGGGAAGUUCACUCUCAGACGAAAUGGAGAACAAGACUGGCGCCAUUGACUGUGAUCAAGGACUUCAAUCUGAAGAAUGCAAUCCGUUGAAUCUGAGUCUUGAGGCAGAAAUGGUCAUCGAGCAAAUCAAAGAGCAACAUCACCAGGCAUUUGAAAGUUUGAAAGUCGAUCUUGAAACUAAGGUACGUUUUUACGAGGCACAAAUAGAAGAGACAAAACUCAAAUAUGAAACAGAGGAAAAAAUUAUUAAACAAAAGUGCAAGGAAGACAUUUUGCAAAUGGAAAAGCAAAUAGAUGAUCUCAAAAGCCAUAUUUCCAAACUCCAAGGGGAGACCGAGUUCCUUAAAAUGCUGCAGCAAACGACAGAAUACAAGUGCGAAGAAGAGAAACGGGCAGUGCAGGAUUGGUUUCAUGAAGAAAAACGGCAACUGCAGGAACAAUUCAAGCAAAAACACGAAGAUACACUCAGGAUUAAAUUAGACGAAGAGAGACGGUCUCUUCACAAUGAGAAAGAAAUGCUGCUAGAAAAGCAGAAGAGUGCUGAAAUUCAAAUAGAGGCACAAAGAAAAGAACUGAUAGAGACAUUCCUACAAGAGAGAGCUGAACUGCAGCAGAUCUACGAGGCACAAAUUUCGAAGAUCGAGCAAAAUAUGACACAAGAGAAAGAGGAGCUGCAAAGGGAUCUCCUAGAAGAAAAGCAAAAGGAACUUUGCGAGGAAAGGAAAAACAUGGAGAAUGAUUUUAACCAGAAGAUUUCUGAGAUGGAAGCCCAAUAUUCCAAUGAACAUCAAAAAAUCAUGCUUAAACUCAAAGCAGAAAUGUCUGAACUUGAGCAGAAAUACAAGCAAGAAAUUAUGGAACUCCGCGAUCAGCUCUGGGAGGAAAAAGGUCAGUGGGAAUUUGAAAAGGAGGAGAUUCUACAGGAAAACGAAGAAGAAAAGGAGAGACUAAAGGAUGCGCUAGAAAACAAAAUAGCCCUACUUUCUCGUACGAUAGCCCAGGAGAGGGAACUUGUGAUAAAGUCAGGAAAAGAAGAAGUAAAUAUGCUUGCGUCCAAAAAUCAGCAGCUGCAGAAAGAACUUGAGGAGCUACAAGCUGCUACCUCCAGUAGAGAGAGUAAGUUGUCAAAUGAACUGAUUUGUCUGAAGAAGGAAAUGGAGAAUCAAUUACAAGUGAAGGACAAACAGUUGAUUGAGGCUGAGGGGAAGUGGGAGCAGUCAAGAGUAUUGCUUGAAGAGGUAAAAGCAGAAUCUGAAAGGGAAAAAGCAGCACUGAACUUGGAGAAAUGUAGCUUGAAAGAAACGUACAAGGCAAUGAUGGAAGACGUGGAGGCUUCUGCUCAAGCUCACGUGUCGCAGGAAGAAUUUGAGAAAGAAAGAGCUGAGUUGAGAUCUGAAAUUUCCAGACUGCAAGAGACGACGAAAGAUAUGUUCAAGAACGCAGUAACCCUUUGUGCCGUGCAGAAAAUCAAUGAAGAGUUGGUGAGGGAAAAUCAAGCAAUGAACGGCAAGAUCAGCCAACUGCAGGAGAAGGGACAAAAACUGGAAAAAGAAGCUCUGCUUCUUGCAGAACUGCAAACUGUUCACGAGCAAGUAAAAAGGGAGAACGAGGAGCUGGGCUCUGAAUUGUUAGAGUUGCAGGAAAGGACUAAGGAUUUAGAAGGGAAAGAAUUGGCGCUUGCAAGCCUACAAAAUGCUAUUGAAAUUCUUACAAACGAAAAGUCAGAAAUAGUGAAACAAAAUGCAGAGCUUCUGGAAAAAGCUAAACGGUUAGAAGAGAAAGUAGUUGUUCUUACAAACAUAAGGAAAGCACAACAAGAGUUUGAGAAAGAAAGAGCACAAAUAAAUUCAGAGAAUGUGAGCCUGAAAGAGAGGAUAAGGGAACUAGAAGAAAAAUCCCAGGAGCUCUCAAUCCUUCAGACAACCAUAGAACUGCUUGAAUCCGAGAAGGCAGAAAUAGUGGAAGAGCAUCAAGAACUCCAAGAAAAGGGGAAAAGGUUAGAAGACAAGUUAGUAUUUCUUACAGAUUUAGAAAAGGCAUAUGAAGAGUCUGAGAGAGAAAGAGUAGAAGUAAGUGCAGAGAACGUCAGUCUUAAAGAAAGUACUAAAGAGUUGGAAGAGAAGGUUUUGUCCAUUCCAGCAUUACAGAAGAAGAACGCUCAAACUGAGAGAGAGAAUGUUGAGUUGAAGGCUGCCAUUGCUGAGCUGCAAGCACAAUCUACUGAGAUGCAACACCAGGCUAGAGUGAACAGUGGUGAAGCUGAAGAGCUCACUGAGAAAUAUGCCACCUUGAAACAUAAAAUGACCACACUUAUGGAGAAGGAAAGAAAUUUUCAUCAGAAAAUAACAGAAAUGAAUGAAGCACAACAGGAAUUAAUGCAACAAGAGGAGAUUUUAAAAGCUGAAAAUAUGAAUGCUCAGAGAAUUAUAGAAAUGCUGAACAAACAGAUGGCGGAGACGAGAUCCCGGAAUCGGCAGCUGGAUGCAGAGAACGAGAAUCUUUGCCGAAAAAACUCUAAGAAUCAAGCUGACGUGCAGGAUCUGAACCGCCGACUCGCUGAUCUACUGCGACAGAAGGAGAAAAAGAUGGAUAGGCAGCUGCUUGAAGAAUGGGAGCUAGAGAAAUCCCAAAUAAUGGAAGAAAUGGAAAAUAGCCGAGCAGAGUCAUCCACUCUCAUAUCUGCUUUGGAGGCUGAUUUGUCUGAAAUGAAACUGAAGAAACACCUGCUGGAACAGGACAAGCUUCUCCUCAGCCAACAACUCGAAGAUGUGAAAUUUCAGUUAUCUGAAUGUAAUAGGCUGGAGAGUGAGGUCACUUCUCUAAAGUAUACGAAUGAAAAGUUAAUACAGGAGAAAGAAACAUUGAGCGAUGAAGUGAACCGCUGUGUUGACAGGAUUGCCAAAAUGAAUGUCAUGGAGAUGCAGGUAAUCAGCUUGAGACAAGAGCAGCAGACUUUGCAACAACAAAUCCAUAUGUUGACUACACAGCUGAAUAUGUCACAAGAAAAGAUACAGAGUCUGGAAGAAACCUUACAAAAUGCUCAUUUCCAGGCAGCGCGGUGUAAAUCAGACUUCCGGGUCUCUCAACAGGAGAAGGAGGCCUUGAAACAGGAAGUGACGUCUUUGCACAAAGAACUACAGACCACCAAAGAUGAGAAUCAGGUGCUAGAGCUGAACUUGAAUUCUGCGGACUUCCAACACCAACAUAAGAGGCUGUACCGGGAUGACCUGGCUCGGCUGGUGGAGAAGGAACAACAACUGCUGAGGCAGGAGAACGAGAGGCUUCAGAGAGAGGCUCAGCACACAAAAGGAGAGCUGCAGCAGGCCAGGGAGAAGAUCAAAUAUCUAGAUUCUACACUUUUAACCCUCAAACAGCAGAAGCACUACAAUAAAUCUGCCAUGGUCAAAGCUGCUGAACAGGAGAAACUCAGCCUGAAGAGAGAAUGUGACCAGAUUCAGAAAGAACUGCUAUCAGCCAACAGGAAGAUAAGUCUGAUGGGCUCACUCGAACAGGAGUUGGAAGUCCUCAAAGUGGAGAAUGAAAUGCUGCAAAACGAACAAGCCAAGCUGGAGAGCCAGUUAAUGGAGACCCGUGACCAGCUGCUGCAGGCAAAUUCGAGCCUGACAUUUAGCCAGUCGCAGAAUAUCCGUGAGCUCCAGCAGCUGAAAGAACAGGUCUGCGGCAUGGUGCCGCAAGAGCAAGUAACACAGCUCCAACAACGUCUGAGCCAUGAGGAAAUGCAGCGUCGUCAACUGCAAGAACAACUGGACAAACAUGCUGCUGACAGCAACACGCAGCAGGAAGGAUAUGAGCAACUGUUGAAAAGGACAGAAAGAAUGCAAGAUGUUGAAAAUAAACUGAGGAAUGUUAAGUUACUUCUUCAAGACAAAGUCAACCAACUGAAAGAACAGAUGUCAAAGAAUAUUAAAGCAGAUGAAAUGAUCAAGGACUUGUAUGUUGAAAACGCACAGCUCCUCAAGGCACUGGAGAUGUCUGAACAGCGGCACAAGACAACUGAGAAGAAAAAUUACCUACUUGAAGAAAAUAUUGCAGGCCUUAAUAAAAUUCUCAAGGACCUAUCAACAUCAUCACUUUCUGCUGCCUCAGCUCGUUACUCAUCCUAACGUGUUAUAUUAAUAAGGUCACAAGCUAUAAAGUCCAAAGAAGGACAUGUUUAGAAACACUUUUGCACUUUAUAUUUUAAAUAUCCCCUUAGCAAGUGAUUGCUUUUCUUGGACUUCUGAAUGUUUUGAGAAUUACAAAACAAGAGAAAAGUACGCGUUAAAUAUUGCCCUAACCUUAACAGUAUUACCGAUGCCUUGAAAACACUGGUAUACGUCACCCGUCAGUAUUUAAGGAUGUAUUCAACAAUCUGAUGUGAAGGAGACGGAUACUUUUUAAGAGAAUAUGAGGGAAAUGUCUUUUUUAUAUAAAGCUGUCCUUUUUUUAAAAAAAAAGCAUAAAGAGUUAGAUGUGUUUUGAUUAGUCUUUAAACAUUCUAUGUAGGCCAAAGAUUAAUGUGACUGGAACAACGCCAAUUAAAAUAGCUUUUUGUGAUGUUAGUGUGAGGAAACAAGUGCAUCUGUAGCUGGAACUAAGGCCUGCAUUUCCUUUUAUACAACCCAGUUGCAGAAUAUUAUUAUUGAUAAUUUAAAUGUACAAUGUUAUAAAUAGCUUGUAUAGUUUAUACAUUUAAGUGUGGAACACUGACAAAAGGGCAACACUCUCUUGUAAAAGAAUUGUAAAUACUGAGUUUUUAUUUGAAAUUAUACUAUGCAGAACAAUCAGAUUAAACCUGUGACGGUAUUUGCUUUUACAUUUACAUUUGUGUAAAACCAGCUGAUGUGUGGUGCUUCAAGAUGUAUCAUGCUGCCUAAAAUGUAAUUGUUCCUGUAAAAAUGUUAUUUGUCUUGAAUACAGAAAACAACAUUUAUACCUCCAUAUUGAACAUAACAGUAUGGACAGAUGCAGGUCAUGUUUGCAAGCCAUAAAUAUAUAUGUUAACCCACACAUCUUAUGUCUGGCUGACCUAUGGGGUGCUUGGAAACCUCAUUUGCCUAAAGCAAUGGUUGUAAAAUUAUGUCCAAAUAGAAAUUAGAAUUUGUGUCAGAAAUAUUGAUGUUAUGAAGAAAUAAAUUUUUUGAUUGUGUUGGAGCAAAUGUUGAAACUAUAAAGAACCAUAAUUUAA